ACGACAGCAACAGCCAUACCUACGCCCGGACCUGCGCGGUCACCUCGACUCGAGACACUGCUCCUCCGCCAGUCCUUUGCUUUUGCGUACUACACCGCUCCCCAUCGCCUCGCGACCCUUCUCCUCCGCCCUCUCGCCGGCGCCAUGUCCCGGCCGCUGCUGGCCUCACGGCCGCUGACGCUUUCGCUGGCGCCGCUGCCGCACGCCGACGGCUCUGCCAUCUUUGCCAGCGGGCCGCUCUCCGUGCUCGCUGCGCUUGCCGGCCCGUCGGAGGUGCGCAUCCGCGACGAGCUCAGCGAUGCCGCGACGCUCGUCGUGCUCCACACGCCGCUCCUCGCACCCGCCGCGCUGCCGUCGACGGCGCUCGGCGCAGCCCUGCACGCCGCACUCGCCGCCGUUGUGCGCCGCGAGCUACUGCCGCGUACGCUGCUGCAGCUCAGCGUGCACGCCCUCUCGCUGCCGCCGCCGCCGCCGCUCAGUGCGUCGCGGCCGCCACGCCAUGCGCCGCCGCUGCCGCCGUCGCAUCCCGAUGCGCGCAUCCAGGCGCCCGAGGUCGCCGCCUGCCUCAAUGCCGCCAUGCUGGCACUCCUGGAUGCCGGCACCGAGUGCACUGCUACCCUUGCCGCUGCCUGCGUGGCCGUGCUGCCUGCGGCAAAGGCACGCAGCUUGCGCGCUGCAAAGCACUGGCGUGCCGGCGAGGAGGACCAGGCCGAGGAUGAGGAGAUGGAGGAUGAGGAGAGCCAUGCUCUGCUGCUGGAUCCGACACCGCACGAGCUGCUCUAUGCACACAGCACGCACGUCUUCGCCUUUGCCUUCUCCGGCCGCGACGCCUCGGCAGCCGCCGACGACAGCACAGGGCAGACGGCAGCACUCGUCUUUACACGCAGCGAGGGAGCAGUAGACUGGGCCGAGUACAAGGAGGUCCUGGCGCUGGCACGGAAGGCAGCGUCGGACGUGCAACGAGAGAUGCGCGCCGCCAUGCAGCGGCAUAUCAUCGGCGAGAGCAGCAAAUGACAGCCUCGUCAUUCGGCGAUCAGAG